UUCUCCCACUUAAUAGUAUCAUUCAACAUUCUAAUAUUCCAACCAAAAAUAGAAACCAUGUUUUGUAGAGCUACAAUAGCUCUCACUCUCACCCUCCUCUCCCUUUUGUCACUCUCUCCACUUGGAUUUGGAUCCUCUCCUCCACAAUCCUCUCAAUCUCUCUCUGUCAUGCCAAUUACACCAAUUACACCAAUAAAAGAUUGCAACUCACAAGAUAAGAAAGUGUUACUCCAAAUCAAAAAAGACCUUAACAACCCUUACCUUCUAGCCUCAUGGGAUCCAAAAACACCUUGUUGUGGCUGGUACCUCAUCCAAUGUGAUGAAAUAACAGACCGUAUAAUAUCCCUAUCUAUUAGAGAUAGCCCUGUAUUCACCAAUCUUACGGGCCAUAUCCCGCCUUCUGUAGGUGACCUACCUUACCUCCAAAGUCUCUCAUUCCAUAGACUACCUUAUCUCACAGGCCCAAUUCCACCCACAAUCGCUAAGCUCAAAAAUUUAAAAUAUCUUUUUAUCGAAUAUACCAAUGUCUCAGGCCCAGUACCGCCUUUUUUGGCCCAACUUAAAAACCUCAUACUUCUUCACCUUACUGGCAACUACCUCUCAGGCCCAAUACCAAGCGCACUUUCUCAAUUGCCUAAACUCACUUCCUUACGCUUGGACGGAAACAAGCUCACGGGCUCGAUUCCAGAAUCAUUUGGUUCAUUUAAAAAGCCCGGCCCGGAUAUUAUUCUAUCUCGCAACCAGCUUUCUGGAACUAUUCCAACCUCAUUGGGCCAAAUUGACCCAGAUACGAUAGACUUGUCCAGGAACAAGCUCGUAGGUGAUGCUUCCGUGCUUUUUGGGAGCAAGAAAAGGACACAAAAGAUUGACAUUUCGAGGAAUUUAUUGUCGUUUGAUUUUUCAAAAGUGCAAAUUCCGAUUAAGAGUUUGAUAUGGUUGGAUAUUAAUCAUAAUAACAUUUAUGGUAAGCUUCCGGUUGAAUUGGCGAAAGUGGAAUUGCAACAGUUUAAUGUGAGUUAUAAUAAGUUGUGUGGUCAGAUACCUCAAGGUGGGACGAAAAGAUUGCAGGAUAAUUUUGAUAAGUAUGCUUAUCUUCAUAACAAGUGUUUGUGUGGAGCACCACUUUCAAAAUGCAAGUGAUUAUGAAAACUUGCUAAUAAUACUAAGAAUCUCAUGUCUCAAUGAAAUUAUAACUAAGAAUAAGAAUUUAUGUUUAGUACUUUAGUUUAUCUAUGUACUCUUUUUGAAUCUUUGAUAAGGUUUUUAAAGAGACAGAUAAAUUUUUAUAUUUUCUUGUAUCAUUCUUAGUGACUUAUUUGGGGUAUUAAGUUGGAAUGACUUAAAUGUCAUCUUUGUAACCUUUUUUAAGAAGAAAAAAAUUACUAGUUUCUUAUAUAAUCUAAGCAUUUUUCCCUUCACGAAA